UUUUUUUUUGGUGUUUAGUUAUACCGUAAGUAAUAAUAAUAAUAAUAACUAAUAAGUAAAUGAAUAAUAAGUCAACGAUUAGUAGUAAUACCAGUAAUACCAGUAGUAAUAGUGGCCAACAAUCGGUAAUAAUGCCGUCGUCUUCAGCGUCUUCAGUGUCCAAGACUACCGCGACGGGUGGUCUGAAUGCUUCAAUCAACUCGUUUGUACCGUUGGCCGCCCAAUGGCAGGGAAACAACUUGUCGUAUAUGCCGUCGCCGAUGAAUCAGAUGGCCGUUCAACCGCCGCCGGGUACCCGACCGCCGAUGUGGUCGAUGGGCGGUAUGCCUUAUCCGCCGCCGCCCACCUAUGGUCAUCAUCCGUACUAUGGACCACAAAUGGGACCGCCGAUGGGUCCGCCACCGCCUCCGCCGCAUAACUCGCAUCAAAUGCAUUGUUGCUAUCAUUAUGACCACAACUGCAGCGGAGGCAGUGGUGGCCAUAAUAAUUGGUCUAACAAUGGCGGUGGAGGACACAAAUCGUCCGCUGAGACCGCCUGGUUGUCGCAUAAGGAUAGCGGCGCCGCCGAUACUAAUAGUUCAACAAUUAUUGAAUCGAUUACCGAAAUCAAGGACGACAUGGAUAUGGAUUUGGCGCCGAAAGUAUCGGAAACUCAGCGACAGUUGAAACAAAUGAAGGCCAGCUAUAAGACACUGAAGACUAGAUAUGAAGAGCGUAGCAACGAUUUGAUGGCAAAUUACGAACGAUUUCUGAAGAUCAACGAAAAGUUGGCCAUCGAUUACAUCCGAAAAUAUGAAACACUGGUCAAAGAGUAUGGGGUCAGCAUUAGAGACGAAUGCAAUCGGUUUGUAAAAAAUCCUGAUAUGACUAAAAAACUGGAACCAAUUGUCGAACAGAUGAAACAGUGUCUGAAACGGGCCGGCGAUGAACGUAAACGUAUCGAAGAAAUGGUCAAAAAUAAAAGAGAUUUAUUGAUGAAGAAGAACAUCAUUGGCGGCGAUUACGACGGCGACGACGACGACUUACCAGACUUUGAUGACAUUGAUUUUACAAUCAAUCCGUUACCCGAUUUACCCGAAUUGUUAAAAUUUUAUAAAUCAAUUCUCGACGAAAUACCCGACAUGUAUUUGGCAGAUAUGUCUAAAAUGCAACGAUCGAUAACAAUGAUGGCCAACAUCAACAUCAACAACAACAACAACAACAAUCAUCAGCAGUCGAUAAAUCAUUCAUCGAUGACAGCUAAAGAUAAUACAUUAAAUAAGUCGUUAUUGUUCGACAAUAAUUGUCUACCGUUUCCAUCGCCAUCAUCAGCAUCUGUCGAACAUUCAUUAGCAGCUGUUUCUAAGUCAUUGUUUGUGACAGCGCCGACCUCAUUGAUCACUCAAACCAGUCAAACAGCUGACCAAUCAUUAUCGACAUCGAGCGGUAAAAAAAUGUCGGAUAUAUUUACAGCAUUUUCAAAUAGUACACAAAAAUCGCAACCGAUUAACAUAUUUUCAUCGUUAAAACCGUCCGCUAAGACAACUGACAACAAUAGUAAUAAUAAUAAUCCGAUGUCGUCAUCGUCGGCGACGGCACUGGAGCUAACAUUCCCUACCAAUCAUUCGCCAGUCGAUUCGACAUUCGGUAAUAAAUUGUUGGAUUCGACACCAUUGGCAUCGAUCGGCAUAAACUCAUCCAUACAUCAUCCAGUGAUGCCUAUAAAUGACUUAUUUUCUAAUCAUCAUCAAAAACAAAACGAUUUGCCAGCGAUUGGCGAACCAUUGAUACGUAAAGCUAAAGGUCCAGCUGGUGGUGGUGGUCCAGAAGCUGAUUCAAUACGAGCACCGCGAUCGGCACCCGAUUUUGGUCAAAAAGUUAUCCAAACAAAAAACAACAACAAUACCAACCAUAACAGCUCCGGCGCCAGUGUUGUUAGUAUGGCAUCAGUUGUCAGACCAUCAUCAGCAGCAGCUACAGAGUCAUCUGCAUCAUCAGCAGCAGCAGCAGUGCCAAAGUCGUCCUCAUCAUCGACUGUUGUCCUAAAUCAGGCCCAAAGCAAACUGUUGGCAAAACUUAGAGAAAAAUAUCCAAAUCUAUCAGCUGAUAUAUUAGUUGAUUGUAUGGCUCAAACAAAAGCUCAAUUAAUUAGUACCGGAGAUAAUCCAAAAGGUUUUACUGGUCUCAAAGUUUCCGAAAUUAUUACUAAAAUUAGUAAUUAUAUCGAUAGAAAUGUUUCGCUUAUGAAUAAAAUGUCACGAAUUUCUGGUCCAUUACCCGUAUUAAAGUCGAUGAACGGUUUCGGUAGCGGCGAAUACAAUAAUAAUAAUAAUAAUAAUGGUCACACAAUAAUGGCCAACAAUAACAACGAUAGCGGGGGUGGCGGUAAUACUAUUGAACCGCCAAAAAGCUGGAAUAAGAUAAUCAAUAAACUGGGAUCAAAUGAUGACAAUGUUUGCUCAAUUUGUUUCGAUAUGAUGACACCAUCGAAAAGAUAUGAGACCGAGUGUCGCCAUUAUUUUCAUCAGGAGUGUAUCACUAAUUGGAUUCGUCGGGAGGGCUCGUGUCCAGUGUGUCGAAGCCUUGUAUUGCCACCCGAAGAGUUUCCAGUCUUGUAAAAAAAAACCAUCAAAAUUGUUGACCAAUUUUUUGUAGUAGUAGUUCUCGUUGUUGUUGUAGUAGAUGUUGUUUAGGUGUUUGAAUUAUCGGUACAUUCACUGCUCAGAUAUUUUGUAGUUUUUUUUAUGAUAUUGUUGUUGAAUACCGUACGGUAAUUGAUUACA